UGUGAAGUGAUAAGUGAAUUUAAAUAAAGUGAAAAAUGGCUGGUCCUGGUAAAGGUGGAAAAGGCUUGGGAAAAGGUGGCGCUAAACGUCAUCGCAAAGUGUUACGUGAUAAUAUCCAGGGCAUUACCAAGCCAGCUAUGAUACGUUUGACUCGUCGUGGUGGUGUAAAACGUAUUUCUGGAUUGAUUUACGAAGAAACUCGUGGUGUUCUGAAAGCGUUCUUGGAAAACGUUAUUCGUGAUGCUGUCACCUGA